AAACACACUGCUGCGUGAACACAACAUGGCAAACCUCUCUGUAGAAUGGCUUUCCAGAAGUUGUUACGAGGAGAUGACUGUGCGGGGUCAGAAUGCUGCGUGUCGUUCAAAAGUUCACAGUGAAACGGAGGAAUUUACAAAGGAACCAAGAAGCCAUUACUCCCCGAACUCGCCAAACUACAGUUGCGGAUACACUUCGGGGACUGACAGCGAGGUGGGAGAUGACAGCGAGGGGGAAGCCACCCAGCAACGAAGGAUGAGGACAAAGUUCACCUCCGAGCAAAUCAGCAAACUGGAGAAUACCUUCAGCGAGCACAAAUACCUGGGCUCUGUACAGAGGAGGAAGAUUGCUGAGAAGCUGAACCUCACCGAAACUCAGGUGAAAACGUGGUUUCAAAACAGGAGGAUGAAGCUGAAGCGGGAGGUCCAGGAUCUGCGUCCUAAGUUUCUGUCGGUCCCAUCCGCUCUGCUGCCGGCUCUGCUGUUUCAGCACCCCGCCCUGAGUGGACAGCUCCCCGCCAGCAGCGGCUUCCACCCGCAGCUGCAGCCGCUCUGGACCCUGGCCGCUCCUCCGCACCAGCACCGCCCCCACCCUGUCAUCAUGCCUCCACGUUUCUACUGAACAUCCAAGAAGCCGAUUCCCCAAAAAACUUUUGUCUAGAAUCUAGAUAUGUUUUCCAAUGUUCUCUCUAAAAGAGGGGUUUAAAAGUUACAUUAUGAAUACAAUCGCUUUUAAUUUGUCCAAAGCACUACAGUAUAUUGAAGCGACUUGUAUUUAUAUGAUUAAAAUAAUAAAGUAUAAAUAAAUAAAGAAUAAAAGUAUUUGUUUCCAAUAUUUUAUGCUUUAUUUCACAAAUAAAACAGUACAAGUUGACUCUUCAUGUCAUUGUAGCCCAUGUCUAUCCAAAGUCCCCCUGGAAUAUUGACAAUAUUUAUCUCCAGUAUUAUAUCCGCGGUAUAUUACAAAAAUACAUAUUUAAACAUCUAAAAUUAGAUUGCUGGUUAUGACAUAUAAAGAGGCAAACUAUUUAGACAAGAUAGGUUUUCCACUGAAUGAACACAUUUGCAUUUUUAAAAACGGAUGAUUUGAUCUUUCCAAUAUCACCAAUAUGAAAAGUAGCAGUCGGCUCUUGGUGAAUAGCACGGCCACAUAAUCACAGUUAUGACUAACUCAGGAGACCCAGCAUGUUGCCAGCUGUUGAAAGAUAGAAACAACAGGAACAAAUGGUGCAGGAAAUGUUCCUUAAUGUAACCAUGUUGUGCUUUAUUCUCACACCUUCUGUAUACCCAUCUUUUUCUUUAUUAAAGAAACUUCACAUCGGCCACGUAGGAUCACAGACAAGCUGAGUGACCAGCCUUCUCCGCUUAUUUGUUACAACAUCAAAAGGCAUCGGGAUCAGUUUGGAGUAUCACAGAUACAGAUAAAAAGAAUGAUCUGCAGGCAAAUAUUUUCCUUUGGCGUCCGGUGCCAUGGCUCCAGGCUGUGAUCGCGCUCUCUGCUCCUUGAAGAUUUGCAUCUUCAAAGGGACUUCAAAGAGGAGGUAACUGCUAGAUCAUUGAGAUCCAUUGAGCUCUAUUGUCUCCCUAUUGAACAAUUCGCACUUACUUGAGAGACGCGGAGAUGGCGCCCUCCGGUCUGCCCAAGGUGUAUAUUGCCUCACGUUGAAGUCAUUGGC